ACAUAUUGUGAUUGUCGUGAAUUGCUUUUAUUACUGUGUGGUAGAAGACGGAUACAAACAUUUACUACUCUUCACCAAAACCCCUCUCUUUCCCUCUAUAAAUCUCUCAAAUUCUUACUUUUCUUCACCCAAUAAAAUUAACCCUAUCAAACUCAAACAACUUCACAAUAUGGCUUUCCACUUCCGGCGACUAUGCUACUUUCCAGCUCUUCUCUUGGUGGUUAUCCAGCUUUUGCAUGGCGUCUGCGGCCAACUAGUUGUGGUUGAGGAACCUACUUAUGCUCCUCCGCCUCCACUAGUUGUGAUUGAGGAACCUACUUCUUCUCCUCCGCCUCCAUUAGAUGUGGUUAAUGAACCUAUUUUUGCUCCUCCGCCUCCAUUAGAUGUGGUUAAUGAACCUAUUUCUGCUCCUCCGCCUCCAUUAAAUGUGGUUGAGGAACCUCUUUCUGCUCCUCCGCCUCCAUUACAUGUGGUUGAGGAACCUAUUUCUGCUCCUCCGCCUCCAUUAGUCAAACAAGACGGCAAUGAUGGCAUUGUGCCGGCAUUGUUUGUCUUUGGUGACUCUCUCAUAGACAAUGGGAACAACAAUAACAUCCCUUCCUUUGCUAAAGCCAAUUACUUCCCUUAUGGCAUUGAUUUCAAUGGCGGUCCAACCGGUCGGUUCUGCAAUGGCUUAACCAUGGUCGAUGGGAUUGCUCAACUAUUAGGGUUGCCACUGAUUCCGGCGUACUCGGAAGCUAUCGGAGAUCAAGUGCUUCGUGGUGUCAACUACGCUUCUGCAGCCGCAGGGAUUCUUCCUGACACCGGAGGAAACUUUAUGGGGCGUAUACCAUUCGACCAGCAGAUUCAUAACUUCCAGACAACGUUGGAUCAGAUGGCCAGCAAGUCCGGUGGUCCGGUGGCCAUUGCAGACUCGGUGGCUCGAGGCUUGUUCUUCAUUGGAAUGGGAAGCAACGACUAUCUCAACAACUACUUGAUGCCCAAUUUCCCUACCCGCAACCAAUUCAACGCCCACCAAUUCGGAGAUCUCUUGGUUCAACACUACGCCAAUCAUCUCACCAGACUGUAUAAUCUUGGUGGUCGGAAAUUUGUGGUGGCUGGACUUGGAAGAAUGGGAUGCAUUCCUAGCAUUCUAGCUCAAGGAACCGACGGUAAAUGGUCGGAGGAAGUUAACCAACUUAUUCUUCCUUUCAACACAAACGUCAAAACAAUGAUCUCCAAUCUCAACCAGAAUCUCCCGGAUGCUAAAUUCAUUUACAUCGAUAUCACUCAUAUGUUGGAAGACAUCAUCGCUAACCCGGCCAUUUAUGGAGUUACUACUUUGGACAAAGGAUGUUGUGGGAUAGGACGGAACAGAGGACAAAUCACAUGUCUUCCCUUUGAGACUCCUUGUCCUAACAGAGAUCAGUAUCUGUUUUGGGAUGCUUUUCAUCCUACCGAGAAAGUUAAUCUCGUAAUGGCUAAGAAAGCGUUUGCUGGUGACCGCACAGUUGCGUUUCCUAUCAACAUUCAGGAACUGGCUAGUCUCAGUUAGAGGACCAUCCUUUCUUAUGGAGUAAACCAAGAAGAAAUUAAAAACUUCGUGUUGUGUGACUUGUGUCUUUGUCAUUUGUUCUUGUAACGUUUUUUUUUAAGUUUCGUUUAUGCCAUAACCAUUGAGUAAAACCAUUUUUACUUUUGAGAAGUUCUUGAAAACGUCAAAUGUUUCACCU